AUGCAAAGAGGUUUAUAUUGUCUUGCAAACAAGACAAGAUCAUUAUCAAAUGUUUUAGUCAACAACAACAAAUGUACAAAUAUAAUGGGAUCAUUGGUUGGUCUUCAAACAACAACUUUAAAUAAGACUACUACUUCUACUACUUCUACAUCAACAAGAAACUAUGCAACAUUUAAUGAUAAGAAAUUUGAAGCAAUUAAGAAACGUAGAGAUGAAGAGAAGCGUGCAGAAAAGAUAGCAGCAGAACAAAAGUUUAUUGAAGCUUCACGUCUUUCGAUUCAAGACUUGUCGUUUGAAGACGCUUUGAAUAACCUUCGUGACAAGUACAACAAGUAUGCAGUGGUUGCCAACUCACAGAUGACUACAUUGUUCCGCAAGGCCGAAAACACAGACGAGCUCGAACAAGCACUUCUCUUUUACAAGUCUAUUCGUAACGAUCGUCCCGACUACUUUACAGACGAGCAGAUUUCAUUGCUCUUUUAUGCAUUUGAACGCAACAAUGCAGUGAUGUUGUGGGCCGACGUAUUGAUACACACUCACACCUUUCAAAUCUUUGCCUCGGGUCAAACCGUCUCCAAGUCCAUCUACCACCUCCUCCGUCUCGAUUCGGAAGAGGCUACCCAAAAAGCCAUCGAAAUGUACCAGGACCGUCUCGUCCGUUACAGCGGCUUCUCCAACAUCUUUAUCGAGAAUAUUGCCUAUGGUUUGAAACGUUCCAACAACACCGAGCGUAUCUACUCGCUCUUGGCAUUGGCUGACCCACGCGUCCACCUCAGUAGCGCUGCCGUCAAGACCAUCCUCCGUGGCUCCUUUGCCUCUGACACCACCAAACAAGCACUCGACGUUCUCGCUCCAUACCUCCCCUCUGUCAAGAGAACCGACGGUAUCUACCACUCCACCAUUCUCAUGGCCAAAAUCAUUGCCAACAAUCCACAAGAAGAAUCUCAACAACAAGAAGCUCAAGAAAUCUACAAAUCUUGGGAUGCCAAACAACAACAAUUGUUUAAAGAAAAGAUAAACUCGGAAAUUGAAAAAGAAAAUCAUAAAGAUUCCUUAAAUAAUUUUAUUAAUCAAAUUUAA